AUAUAGAGCGCUGCCAGGACGGGAUCGGGACUAGUAAAGGGACUAAACUCGAGUUGAAUAUAUCUCGCUAAGCCACAAUGGUGAUUCCAGUGAAGAGCUCGACCAAAGAGAAGAUUGUAGCCCCAGUGAAGGAGGAAUCUACGGGUCACGAAAAGGAGAUGCCCACCCAGAAGAAGCUAACACCAUAUCAGGGGAAGAGGAGAGCCUUCGGGCACUUCUACUGCGAGGAGUGUGACAAGGAGUGGACCUCCGCGAACUCCUGGGCCAACUGUUACCAGAUCUGCAGGGACUGUGACACGUGUGUGUAUCCGUAUAAGCAGCUAAAGCUUCAGAAAGGAGACGGAGACAAGAAGAAAAGGAAGCCGCACCGCACGGACCUUUGCCAGCGGUGCAUUGAGACACAUUCCUGCUGCUGGUUGAUGGACUGGCCCCGUAAGAAGUCAUGAGGCUAUCGGAACACCACUAGGCCGCUAAAGCUACACCAUACAGAGCGGCCCCCGGUUGACAAAGGGAUGUAGGACGCAAAGAUUUAACUCCGUGCGAUGCAAGAAAUAUGUUUAAGAUUGAUGGAAAGGAUCGAGAUUCUUUUUUUUUUUUUUUUUAUUUGUGACUUUUUUGUUUAUAUUUUUUUUAUGGAGAACACUGAUUAUCCUUAUUCUAUUUUUUUUUCUUAGGUGUGUGUGUGUGUGUGUGUGUGUGUGUGUGUGUGUGUGUGUGUGUGUG